GCCCAUUUCAUUUGCUGUUGAGUACGUAAAUAUUGCCGGCAGCUAUUCCGCUAAUAAUAUUCUAAAAUGAUUGUGUAAAACGCGCACUCAUAGCAGCAGCAAGGGAGAGAAGCUUUUAAGUUAAUGAUAAUAAAUACCAGCAAAUAAUAUACAACACGCUAAACAAUUACUAUGAUUGCCACAAAAAAAGGAGUUAAAAGCAAAGUAAACACAUAUUUACAAACACAACUGAGCGCCGACGAAGGCAAAACAAAAAACGCGAAAGCUCCGCCACGCCACAACAAUUGAUAACAGGUGAAUAGUAGAGAACACACACACACAUACAAGCAUAAAAUGAGUAAAGCUUUCGGAAAAAUGCCGACGAGAGGGUGGUGGGAGACCGAACAAUGCUAACGGAAAAGAAAAUUAAAAGCUUUUUCUACCAAAGCACGCGCUUUGCUGAGAGCGCGAGCGCAUAAGCGAGAGAGCGUGAAAAUGCGCGAGCAGCACAAACCGUUAGCGCCACUUGGGAGUUGUUGCUGCUAAUUGUACACUUUGUUGGCGAAAUUGAAGUUUGUUGCUAAAGUUUUUUGUUUGCCAACUCAGUGGCGGAGCGCUCCACUAUGUUGCAUUGCCACGCCGCUGCGCGCUGCACUGUGUGUACUCGGCCAGACACUUUGGGGUGUUGCUGGCGCGCUCAGCUGGUUGUGGUGCACAAAUCGUAACAGAUUGUUGAGGUACGCGCGCGCAAAACGCGCACAGUCGCCAAACGCCAAAUCGCACAUUCGAAUGCUUUUCACAAAUCAUUUUCCAUUACGACGCGCUGCCGAAUAGCCGGGCGCGCGCACACAACAAGCGGACAACGCGCGCACUCAUCUUCACCCGAAACGCUCGCCUUGCUUUUCAAUUCAUUCAUUCACAUACGCGCUGGAGAAAAUUGUCAAUAAACGAACGCCAGCGGAAGACACUCGUGUGAACGGUUUUAUUUUUGUUUUUUUUUUUGUUGCUUUGUUGCUGGCGGGCGGUUUAAUCACUUUGGGGUGGUGUAUUGCGUAAAAUUGCCUGAAAAGCGACGAUAAUGAUAAUGGAAAAACGUGAAGAAACUUGCUCUGAAUGUUUCCAGAAAAAAUUGAGUAAAUAACAUAUCAAAUAUAGAUAUUUAUAACAUUCGGAUACAUACAUACAUAGUUCGAAAGCAAAUUAGCAGUGCGAAAUAUGACAGAGUCUAGAAUAAUAACUGAAAAAAUGAGACUAAAAAUGAAAUUUUCAUUCCGACACUUAAUAAUUGCACAAUGAAAAGUAAAGAAAAAAGAGACUAUAAACAUAGAACAAAAAUACGAAAAAUAAAAUAAGAAAAUACAAAAAAAAAGAAAACAACAAAAACCAAAAAAUUAGAUAAUAAUUUGAAAUGUUCGUAAUUUGUGAGAGUGUAAAUUAAUGUUUUACAAAUGAUCGAAUGGUGGUGAUUCUAAUACUAUCGCCGCCGCCACCAACACCACAACCACCGUACACAACAACAGCAGCAACAGCAGUAGCAACCACAAAUGGCUGUGAUGGAGGAUCAAACGAUAGCAGUACUGUAUCGACGGCAUCGACCGGCGAUACCGUUAUACCCACCAUCUAUACCGACAACAAAGGCAUACCACUGCCAAACGAAGCCACAUAUCAGCACUAUCAACCACCCCAACCACCGGCGUCAACGGCUAAUGUACAAACACAACAACAACAACAGCACUUCAAUCUUCACACCUCCAGCGAAUACGGAGCGCAGCGUCAGCGACGCCAACGUGCGCAUUCGCUGUAUGAAAAAACAGCAUCACAACAACAACAAAGUAAACCCCAUCACCCCACAACAGCACCACCACCACGAUCUAGUCAUUUGCGUAGUGAGAAAGGUAGAACAACCAGCAGCGAACGCGAUAGAUAUUCAACAAACGCGGCGUACGCACAACAUGCGCGGCGGCAAGGGCGCGUUAGUGCAGAGCGCGCAGGCAAGCUGCCUGAUACACAGUAUCCACCAAGAAUUGUUAUUAUUAUAUCACCACCACCGCCGCCGUCACCACCACCCGAACCCGGUGCAAUCGACUCAACGGCAACAACGAGUGCAGCACCAGAGCCACCACCACCACCGCCGCCGCCGCCGCGUCCGCCGAAGAGCCAACCGCCUUACAGUUCGCGCUACUGCUGUUGGUGUGGCGAAGUGCAACAGCAUCAGCAUUCGCAUCCGUCGUGUACGAAUCCGCUGCCAAAGCCGCCCAGAAGUGGCGCCCCCCAAAGUACGAGCAACUCUGACGCCCCCGCCGCUAAGUCCUUGCACACGUCCCGCGUUGCUGCAACGCGCAGAAAAUCAAGUGUUGGCAGAACACCGCAAGCGCGUUGGUCCAUACCACCUGCACAAGAGCCUGCUAACAACAACAACACAUCGUAUCAGUUGCGUCAACACAUUACACCAACACACUCGCUUCCUGCUUUUCCGCCUGCUACUUAUACUACUCCAACAAUGCGGCAACAACAUCAACAACAAAUGCCACCAGCCAAUCACCAGAAUUACUACAACUAUAGCAAAAACGACAGCAAUAACGACAAAAACAACAACAACAACAAUUUCAAUAAUACUAACACCAAUGAUUAUGUACGCCACGUGACACGUGUUAAUUUCUAUGAUGUUGUUACUUCGCAGGUCGAAUUCGAGCCCAAAGAUGAUAGUGAUGAAUGCGAUACGGAAGCUAUUACCAAAGAAGAAGAAUGGAUAACAAAAAAGAAAACCGAACUUACAACAACACGCCAAAUAGAGACGCGUGUAAAACGACAAUUGGUGCUGGAGGAUGGCAAAGUAGUGGAAGACUCAGGCCCAAUUGUCUCAACGAAUACGACGGAAGAUACAGAUAAACAGGAAACGGAAACAACUGAGAAACGCGAUUUAGGCAUACCCAUCGACAGUAUACCAGUGGAGGCGGGCAAUGGUGGUGCACUGGAGGCGCCUGCUGACACCGUUGACGGUCAAGUGGCUGUGCUGCCAGCUGAGAACUCGAAAAUUAUUAAGAAAAUGGUGCCGCGCCCAGCAGACGGGCUAGUGCGCGAUUCGAACGAAAAGCGCGUGAUUACACACGAGGAGGUCAAGGAUUAUCUAGAAACGGAAGAUGUGCGUAAUCUGGGCGAUUUCUCGGAUGAGACCUAUGUGAAGGCAGUCAAUAGCGGUGUUGAGAAUCUACAAGAAGUCUUACAGCAACGUACAGCGGAAAAUCAAAGACAACUUGUGCCAUUGGGUCCACGCAUUAUCGCCAAUACCACCAAGUCGUUUAAGACAAUCGAUUCGGAAGACUUGGAGAAGCGUUGCCUGCUGCAAGCGGACGGACAGCUCGUUACGGAGAGCAAGAAGACAACCGAACACGAAGUUAUUGUGGACCGUGAAUUGCCGGAAGAGGACGAUCAAUCGACUGGCAGUCGUGAGAAAAUCCAAACUGUGGAAGCUUCACAACACCUUUACAAACAACGUGACGAGCAAUACGUCGAUAAGAUUGUUGAUGGCAAAGUUGUUAAUACCGAAAUGAAAUACGCUGCCGAGACAAUGCAAAUUGAAAAGGAUGGCUCAUUGGAACGACCGGGCGAUUGGGAUAGUUUAUCGGAUCGCAUGCGAAAACUGCGACGGCCGCAUCAGAAGAGUGCUUUGCAGCAGCCACAUAAGGAAGCCACGCUACUGGCGGAUCGCAAAGAUGCGCUAACCAAGCGACCACUGGAUUUCGAUCGUGAAGAGGAAACACGCAAGGGUGAAACGAUCAAAUGGUUGGAAUCACAUUUCGGCAGCGAGUCAACUGCUUCUAAUGAUUCGCGUGAAGAUGACGGCGGUGGCGAUAUAGAGCCGACUAAAAAGACAUACUUCAAUGUUACCAUCAAAUCGAAUCAAACACCAACGCCUGCGCCACUGACCAAUGGUCAUCGAUUGACGGCGAACAAUGCAUACGAGCGUAAGCAAUCGAAGGAUCAUGUGAUCGAGGCACAUCCGAAUGGACCGGCUGGACGUUCAAAGUACUACCAGGGUAUCACAAAUUGGACCGAACGUAAAGAGCCGCCAGCGAAUCAUUUUGCUACGAAAGCAUUUCGUGAUGAUCUUCAAGAGACUGUGGAGCGCAAUCGGCUGCGACGCGAUAAACAGCAAGAUAGUCAUUACUUAGUCGAGUCCACAGACAAUUACGUCAGUCGUGAGGAUAUACUGCAUCAGAAGCAACGGCAGAGUUUAUCUUCACAGUUUUUGGCGAAAAGUAGUCGCAAUUCGCGUGAUAGACUCGAUGAUGUGGAAGCGCCACCGGUGGGUGUUGGUACCGGCAAGACGAGCAGAGAAAUGGGGGUGCGCCAUAUAAGUGGUUCACGUGGUGAUCUACGUUACGGUGCGUUAAACGGCGCUGAGUUGGACAAUAAUAAACGCGCUUUUAUGCCAGCUAAACAACAAAGUCAGGAACGUGAUUUGGAGGUUCGACGUUCUCCUGCCGACUUUGGACCUAGCGCCGCUAAGAAAUACGAAUAUAACGAAAUGCGCAGUCGCAGUUACGAACGCACAUUGGAGGAUACAACACGCGGCGUCGGCUAUGAGUUGCAUAAUACAAACUCACUUAAGCCAUUACCUUCGUCUGAAUCACGUGGAAUCUCGCCCGAACGAGAACAUUACCAAACCAGCACGCUCGGUCGUCCUACAGUGCCACAACGUCGUCGCGCCAUCGAAAAGAAACUACGACAGCAACACAGCGCCUCACCGCCGCCACCACAGAAAGUGCCAUUGGAGCGUCAACACGCGCAUAGCCAACGAAAUUUGCUGGAACCACCGCCAGACUACUCGCCGCCGCCACGCAGUCGCUCCUCAUCGCCACAAGUGGAAUAUGUGAAUGGUAUACGAAAUCAGCGCAACUACCGCAACAAUAUCAUUGAACACGCACCCACUAACUAUGGCCCACCACCGAGUCAAUUGGUCGGUCAGAACAGCAGCACAUUGACACGAAAGCAAAAUCAACGCACACGAUUUGCACCGACCACACAACACGAACACGCGCACUCGCAAUCGUACAUGCGUCCCGUGAUGGCGACGCAGACCACGCAGACGACCGCCUCAACCAUAUCCAACUCCACCGUGACCUCGCACAAGUCGAGUAAAAUGGGUCAGGUGAUCGGUAAUUCGCUGCGUAAACUUGUCAAUAAGAUACGUUCGGCCAGCGCUGAGCGAAAAAUGCGCAUGAAGUCGCGCAGUAAGUCACGUGAGCAAUCGCCAUCACCACAAGCCAUCGACAAGGUGGGCCAACAAACUACCUAUCAGCAGUAUAAUCUUAUAGAUAGCCAUAUCGGCGGACAGGGUGGUGUCUCCGGUGAUUCGGAGUUGGAGAGUGUGCCGCAGGAGACAACUCAGGCGCAUAAGAACUAUAUACAUGCGGCAACACUCGAACGCAGUAACGGACAAAUACAGAAAACACAAUUCAAACGUGCAAAUUCGGCGGAUCCGUACGCUAAUGAGCGAGGUGAAAUGGGCGAACGUGGACCAAGUCCUAGACAACGUUACUACUUGGGCGAAGAUCCAUACUCGAGUACUUUGUAUGGCAAGGAAAAUAUGUAUGUAGCCGGUACCGUUGGCAAGCGCAAGAUCUUAGCGCCCAGAGAUAGUGUUGAUGCGGGCUAUGCAGGUAAGCAGGAGCGAAACAAUCGCGACGCUGUGAGUGCGAAUCGGCGCGAUGAAGGAGAGCUUUACAAGCAGAGAAAUGUAACGACCAGCACUUUGGGGCGUUAUCAACGCACAAGUCAAAAUUUUGCCGCUUCUACGCCGAACUUAAAUCAGGAUUAUCGCACUACACAAACAUUGCCACGCAAACUGCAGGAGCACCAGCAACAACCACACCCUCAACAGCAGCAGCAUCAUCAUCAGCCGUUACAUGCGUCACAGUCGUCAACCUAUCAGCGACCUGGACAACGCCUAGUAACUGGUGGUUACAGCACUUUAGGGCAUCCUGAACAUCGCACACAAUACCAGCAGCAGCAGCAACAACAACAUCAACACAAUAUGCAACAACAACAAACAACAGUUGGUCCAGCGAAACCUGCGCGCACCUAUGCCAAAGCACUGAACCGCAGCAAAAGCUUCAAUGUGCAUGCCAUGAACGGUAGUCACGACCCCAGCCCCAUUUACAUUGAAAAGCUCACCAAGAAUAAUUACACGAACAACGCGAACAAUGGUCACAACAACACAAGCAAUUUAUAUGCCAGCCAAGCCUACAAAUCGAAUCCGCAUCUUUAUAGCGGUCCGUCGAAGGAAAACUCACUACAGAGUGGCCUGAAAAGUCCCUCAAUUGUGAAUCUGAUCAGCCGCAGUCAGAAGGAUCUAACCAAAAUUGACAGUUUAGAAAGUGAGCAAAAUGAUAUGCUGGAAAAGAAGCAAAUAUUUAUGCGCGGUCUACACCAGCAAGCGCCCGAUCUCUACAAGACAUUGCAUGGCGAUGAGAGUUACGCCGGUCCAUGUACGCCAAAUAAGUAUCACCAAUUGCGGCACUCCACCUCACUGGAGACACGUUCACCGAUUGAAAUCAAUAAGGAUACGGCAAGUAUUGUGCGUAGAGACAGUUCCAGUAAUGAUGGUUAUGUGGUGAAUGCUUAUAGUAAUAAGACAACAAUGGAGAGUGCGACAGCCAAUAGGCGUAUACUCUAUAAGGACGAACAGCGACGUCGUACACCGGGUGCCACUAUAAUUUCUGUGCGUAAUGACAUGGAAAAAUGAGUGUGUGUGAAAUGAAAGAUUUUUUGGCGCAACUGUAUUUAUGCAUACUCAUGUGUACGCAGUCGUUAACCAUAAGAUUUGGUUACACGAAAUCCAGCACACUAUAUAAAUGGAGGAAACGCAUGGAAGAAGGCUUAACUUUCAUUUGACGGGUUGCAAAUAAAAAUUGGAAGCCUAUUAGUAAUAUAUUACAACACAUAUGUAUGUAUGUAUAUUUCACUAGCACAGUUAGUACUCUAGCACCAACUCUUACACCAAGCAAUAGCAAUUAAGAGCACAAAACGAGUAAUAAGCACUACACCAGUAAUGUCAAUAGCUAACCACAACAUAUUUUUUUAAAUACAAGCUGCAUUCCUUCGCCAGCGUGUUGUAACAGCCAACUUAAAUAUCUGCUGCUGUUACCAAAAUAUUUAAGUUAUAUGAAGAACUGUAAUCGGUGUGUCAUAUCUUGGACUUCCGGCACUGCAUGAUUUCAAAAAUAAUGGGGUAGCAUUUCCUCUUUAUAGAGAGGUACCAGGCUUUAGUGGCGGCUUAAAAUAGUAUUACAAAUAUAGUAUAAAGCUUAGCUGAAACCGUAUAAUAAACUUAAAGGUUCAACCGCCAAGUUAUUUAUUAUUUGAAAGUUUUUGAUAACACACGAGAAUUUAAAUUUAUAUUUUACUGAAUUUUGUCAUAAUUCUGUAUGUGUUGUAUUCACAAUAGAGAAAACAUUAUUAUUAUUAUUAUUUUUUAAUUUUUAAUUGAAUAGUUUUCUACUCAAAUCCUAAAAGGCGUAACCGAUUUAAUGUUGUUGUUCUUUUUUGUGCCUUUUACAAGUUUUUGUUUUCAAAUUUCUGUGCAAGGAAUGCGGCUAUGAUUUAUUUGUAAUUGUACGCCACAUUUAUGGCGCUCCAUUAGAAGUUUGGUAAUAGCUUUAGUAAUAAGUAAAAAAGAAUAUAAUUAUUUAAAUAAUUAAAAAAUAAUAUUUAAUAAUAUCAUUGGAAUUUAAUUACAAUAAUGCAAUGAAUACAAUUGUAACUAAGAAAAAUAUGUUAUCAAAUUAGAUAAUAUAAAUAACACAUUUUAAGUAUAUUUAGCGCCGAUAUAUUGUAUAAUUAAAAAUGAUUUUUUAUAAAUAAUGAAAUUUAAUUAGCAUAAAGUGCAUUAUUGCAGUUAAGCUUAACUUUAGUUGUUAAAAUUUUUAAUUUUCUUCGUUUAUGAUUAAACAUACACAAACAUAUUAUUAACUAACAUUAAAUGUUAUCUAUAUACAUAUUUUGAAUAAUCAUUGGUUUUAUUUUAUAUUUUAUAAUUUACAAUACAUAAUAAUUACAUAAGUUAACGAUGAACACCCUGAUUUUAUUCAACUCUAAUAUUUAUUAAAAAGUUCUUCCAUAUAAUUUUAAAAAUUUACUUAAUUAGUUUAAUUAGCAUUUUAUUUCAAUACUAAUGAAUCGAACUAUGUUUGAAUUAUAUGCGAUAAAAAGGUAAUAUCUUAACAUUAGAACAAAUGUGAAUCAAAUAUUUAGUUUUAUAAAAAUGUCGGAAAUGCGAAUAAAGUGCCAAAUCUAACAAAAAUAAUUUGUAUAAUAAUUUGCAGCAACUGGAAAAAUUUGUUUUUGGUAGGUAUUUCGUAAAUAUAUUAUUUUUAAAAAAUCUUUGUUACUCAAAUAAUUAAAAUAAAUGUGUUUCAAGUAUGUGGUCAAACAGAGAGCACUUCGUGAAAUUUAAUUACA